UUCUUCCCCUACAUCUAACCAUCCUCUACUCUCUCUUUACUCCCACAGUAAAAGCUACCCAAAAAGCUGAAAUGAGAACUGUUCCCAACUCUUUCAGUCCCUCAAGUUCCCUGGCCCCUGGUGCUUCUUCAUUGAGCUCUGUGCAACGCUCUCCAUGGCACUCUCCGGUUCCUUACCUCUUCGGAGGGCUCGCUGCCAUGCUGGGCCUCAUAGCCUUUGCUCUUUUGAUCUUGGCUUGUUCUUACUGGAAACUUUCUGGUUUCUUGCAAAGCGAAGAAGGGUCCGAGCGAGACCUGGAGAGCGGCGAUGUCCAGAAACAGAGUGACUCUGCCAACAACGAAACCGUCACCGUCUUCGAGGAGAAGAUUCUGGUCAUCAUGGCUGGAGAUGAGAAUCCCACAUUCUUGGCCACCCCUGUCUGCUCUAAGGCUUCAUCUCUGGGAGAUGGAAUUUGCAAGGUUGGUGUCGACGCUCAAGAGAGAUCUGAGAAACAGGAGAAGGAGACGGAGUGCGAAAAUCAACAAGGUAACCAAGACGAGCAACGACAAAACCAGCAAUGAAGACAAGUUUCCUGCCUCCUCCUUUUGGUCUUGUUUGUUUUAGAUCUUAGAUUUGAGCGCGAGGGAGUGUGAGAAAUUGAGAAUCACAUUUGUCUUCAUUAUUUGUGACCAUUUUUACUUCUCCUUGUUUUUAUUUUGCCCGUUUUCUGGGUUUUGGGCCAUCGACCUUAUUGGUCUUCCAUGAUUCGGGAAGUGUAAAUUCUAGUCGAGAAGAACUUAUAAAUGACGAGCCAUGUUUCACUCA